ACCCGGCGAGCGAGCGACCCCCCUGCGCCCCCGCCGGUCCCGCGGCCCCGCUAUGGGGGGCGGCGGCGGCGGCGGCGAGCGCCGGGCGCUGUGGUUGUGGGUGCUGUGGCUGUGGGUGCCCGCGCGGUGCGGCGGCGCCAUGGACGAGUGCGCGGAGGAGCGGAGCGGGCGGGCGCAGCGCUGCAUGCCCGAGUUCGUGAACGCGGCGUUCAACGCCACGGUGCUGGCCACGCACACGUGCGGGGCGCCGGCCGAGGAGUACUGCGUGCAGACCGGGGUCACCGGCGUCACACAGUCCUGCCACCUCUGCGACGCCGCCCAGCCGCACCUGAGCCACGGGGCCGCCUUCCUCACCGACUACAACAGCCCGGCCGACGCGACCUGGUGGCAGAGCCGCACGAUGCUGGCCGGCGUGCAGCACCCCACCGCCGUCAACCUCACCCUGCACCUGGGGAAGGCCUUCGACAUCACAUACGUGCGCCUGAAGUUCCACACGAGCCGGCCGGAGAGCUUUGCUAUCUACAAGCGCACGCGGGAGGACGGCCCGUGGGUGCCCUACCAGUACUACAGUGGCUCCUGCGAGAGCACCUACCACAAAGUCAACCGUGGCUUCAUCCGCACCGGGGAGGACGAGCAGCAGGCGCUCUGCACCGACGAGUUCAGCGACAUCUCCCCACUCACGGGGGGCAACGUGGCCUUCUCAACGCUAGAGGGGCGUCCCAGUGCCUACAACUUUGACAACAGCCCUGUGCUGCAGGAAUGGGUGACAGCUACAGAUAUUAGAGUGACCCUCAAUCGUCUGAACACAUUUGGAGAUGAAGUUUUCAAUGACCCAAAAGUUCUCAAGUCUUACUACUAUGCAAUUUCGGACUUUGCUGUGGGUGGUAGGUGCAAAUGCAACGGGCACGCGAGCGAGUGUGUGAAGAAUGAGCUUGGGAAGUUGGUCUGCAACUGCAAGCACAACACCUUUGGGGUCGACUGUGAAAAGUGCCUUCCUUUCUUCAACGACCGUCCAUGGAGGAGAGCGACAGCAGAGAGUGCCAACGAGUGCCUGCCUUGUGACUGCAACGGGAGGUCCCAGGAGUGCUACUUUGACCCCGAGCUGUACCGCUCCACGGGCCACGGCGGCCACUGCCGGGGCUGCGCUGACAACACCGACGGCCCGCACUGCGAGCGCUGCAGGGACAGCUUCUACCGCCGGGACAGCGACCAGGGCUGCCAGCCCUGCAGCUGCAACCCCGUGGGCUCCCUCAGCACACAGUGUGACAGCUAUGGCCAGUGCAGCUGCAAGCCCGGCGUGAUGGGGGACAAGUGUGACCGCUGCCAGCCGGGCUUCCACUCCCUCUCUGAAGCUGGGUGCAGACCCUGCUCUUGCAAUCCAUCUGGCAGCACAGGGGAAUGCAAUGUGGAGACAGGGCGGUGUGCAUGCAAGGACAACGUGGAAGGCUUCCACUGUGAGAGAUGCAAACCUGGAUUUUUCCAUCUGGAUUCCUCCAAUCCAAGGGGCUGUACCCCCUGCUUCUGUUUUGGACACUCUUCGGUCUGCACCAGUGCUGUGGGCUACAGUAUCUACAGCAUCACCUCCAACUUCCAGUUUGGAGAGGAUGAGUGGCGUGCUGAGCAGCGUGAUGGCUCAGAAGUCUUACUGCAGUGGAGUGCAGAGACUCGGGAUAUCUCCGUGAUCUCGGACACCUAUUUCCCCAUGUAUUUCGUUGCUCCAGGCAAGUUCUUGGGCAACCAGGUUUUGAGUUACGGGCAAAACCUGACCUUCUCCUUCCGUGUGGACAGACGGGACACGCGGCUCUCUGCAGAGGACCUGGUGCUGGAAGGGGCCGGGCUGAGAGUGUCGGUGCCACUCAUUGCCCAGGGCAACUCUUACCCCAGUGAGAGUGCACAGACCUACACCUUCAGGCUCCACGAGGCUACAGAUUACCCAUGGAGGCCUGCUCUAACAGCAUUUGAGUUCCAGAAGCUUCUCCACAACUUGACUUCCAUCAAGAUCCGCGGGACAUACAGUGAGAGAAGUGCCGGUCACCUGGAUGAUGUCACCAUCACAAGUGCUCGCCCUGGACCUGGUGUGCCCGUGGCCUGGGUGGAGAGCUGCUCCUGCCCCGUGGGAUACGAGGGGCAGUUCUGUGAGCGCUGCACCUCUGGGCACCGGCGAGAGACCCCGAGCCUGGGGCCCUACAGCCCCUGCGUGCCCUGCGCGUGCAACGGGCACAGUGAGACGUGUGAUCCCGAGACAGGCGUGUGCAAUUGCAGGGAUAACACGGCGGGGUCUCACUGUGAGAAGUGCAGUGAUGGGUAUUACGGCGAUGCAACGGCCGGCACAGCCGCAGACUGCCGGCCCUGCCCCUGCCCAGGCAGCUCGAGCUGUGCAAUCGUGCCCCGCACCAAGGAGGUUGUGUGCACCAGCUGCCAGGCUGGCACUACAGGCAAGAGGUGUGAACUGUGUGACGACGCCUAUUUUGGGGACCCACUGGGUGAAAACGGCGCUGUGAGGCCCUGCCGCCUGUGCCAGUGCAACGACAACAUUGAUCCCAACGCCGUGGGGAACUGCGACCGCCAGACCGGGGAGUGCCUCAAGUGCAUCCACAACACUGCCGGCUUCUACUGCGACCGCUGCAAGGACGGCUUCUUCGGGAACCCGCUGGCCCCCGACCCCGCCGACAAGUGCAGAGCUUGUCACUGCAAUCCCUAUGGCACUGUGAAUCAGCAGACGAGCUGCAAUCAAGUGACUGGGCAGUGCGAGUGCCUGUCCCAUGUCACCGGGAGGGACUGCAGUGCCUGCGAGCCUGGAUUCUUCAACCUCCAGAGUGGACGUGGCUGUGAGAGGUGCAACUGCCACGCACUGGGCUCGACCAACGGGCAGUGCGACAUCCGGAGCGGGCAGUGCGAGUGCCAGCCGGGCGUCGCCGGCCAGCACUGCGACCGAUGCGAGGGCAACCACUUCGGCUUUGGCUCCGAAGGCUGCAAACCCUGUGACUGUGAUCCGGAGGGCUCGCGCUCCCUGCAGUGCCAGGAGAACGGCCGCUGCGAGUGCAAAGAAGGCUUCGUGGGGACCCGCUGUGACCAGUGUGAGGAGAACUAUUUCUACAACCGCUCCUGGCCGGGCUGCCAGGAAUGUCCAGCCUGUUACAGAUUAGUGAAAGACAAGGUGGCGGAACAACGCGAGAGGCUGCGGGAGCUGGAAAAUCUGAUAGCAAAUCUGGGUGUAGGAGAAGAGGCCGUGACUGAUCAAGCCUUCGAGGAGAGGUUGAAGCAGGCAGAAAGAGAAGUUAUGGAGUUGCUCCACGAAGCACAAAAAAGCAAAGACGUAGAUCAGGGCCUCAUGGAUCGUCUCAAAGACAUCAACAGCACACUGACAAAUCAGCUCAACAGGUUGAGGAACAUCCAGGGCACAGUGCGGGAGACGGAGAACCUGGCGGAGCAAGCCCGGGUGCGGGUGGAGGACACCGAGGACCUCAUCAGCUUGGCUUCUGACAUGCUGGAGAAGGCAAAGGUGGCAGCUGACAACGUGUCCAUUGCACCUCCGGAGCAAAGUGGGGACCCCAACAACAUGACUCUGUUGGCAGAAGAGGCCCGUAAGCUGGCAGAAAGACACAAAAAAGAAGCUGAUGAGAUUGUUCAUGUAGCCAAGGCUGCAAAUGAUACUUCCACGGAAGCGUAUCAGCUGCUGCUGAAGACCCUGGCUGGAGAAAACCAAACUGCCAUUGACAUUGAUGAGCUCAACCAGAAGUAUAAUCAAGCAAGGAAUAUUUCUCGAGACCUAGAGAAACAGGCCAACAAGGUGCUUGCUGAGGCAGAGGAAGCUGGAAACAGAGCCCUGCAGAUCUACGCUAAUCUCACCAGCCUGCCUUCAGUGGAUUCCACAGGGCUAGAGAAUGAAGCAAAUAAGAUCAAGAAGGAAGCAGAGGAAUUAGAUCAGCUAAUUGCCAGAAAGCUGAAGGAUUAUGAGGACUUGAGAGAAGACAUGAAAGGAAAGGAACUUGAAGUAAAGAACCUCUUGGAGAAAGGGAAGACAGAGCAGCAGACUGCAGACCAGCUCUUGGCUCGAGCAGAUGCAGCGAAAGCCCUGGCUGAAGAAGCUGCUCGGAAGGGCAAUGGCACACUACAAGAGGCCAAUACCAUCCUCAGCAACCUGAAAGACUUUGACAAGCGGGUGAAUGAUAACAAGACGGCGGCUGAGGAGGCACUGAAGAAGAUCCCUGCCAUCACACAGACCAUUGCUGAAGCCAACAACAAGACGCGCCAGGCGGAGCUGGCGCUGGGCAACGCUGCUGCUGAUGCCCGUGAGGCCAAGGCUAGAGCAGAUGAUGCUGAGAAAAUCGCCAGCUCUGUUCAGAAGAGUGCUGCUGCUACCAAAGCUGAAGCCGACAAGACUUUUGCCGACGUGACGGGGCUGGCCAGGGAGGUGGAUGACAUGAUGAAGCAGCUGCAGGAUGCAGAGAAAGAGCUUAAGCGGAAGCAGGCGGAUGCUGAGCAAGAUAUGAUGAUGGCAGGCAUGGCCUCACAGGCUGCCCAGGAGGCAGAAGAUAAUGCCAGGAAAGCAAAGAACUCUGUGAACAGCCUACUCACUGUCAUUAAUGACCUGCUGGAUCAAUUAGGGCAACUGGAGACGGUGGACUUGAACAAACUGAAUGAAAUUGAGGGUACCCUGAACAGUGCCAAAGACCAGAUGAAAGACAGCGACUUGGACCAGAAAGUGUCUUUCCUUGAGAGAGAAGCCAAGAAGCAAGACGAUGCGAUACAGGCCUACAACAGGGACAUUGAAGAGAUCCUGAAGGACAUUAGCAAUCUGGAAGACAUCAGGAAGACCUUGCCAUCUGGCUGUUUCAACACCCCGUCCAUUGAGAAACCCUAAGGGUGCACUGGGGGUGGGGGGUAUUCCCCCCGAGCGGUGGUUCGGCUCCGGAGUGCCUUAACACACAGUACCUUCUCCAAAUCCCCACCUCUUCGCUGCUCACAGCCACUGUUUUCUUGUUCAAAUCAGGAUAAGUUGAAAGAUUUUUUUUUUUAAUUAUUAUUAUUAUUUUUUUUGAGAAGCAAAUUAAAUAUCCGUCUUUGGGCAUCAAAGGGGUUUUUUUUUUUAUAUAGAUUGUUUUCCUGAGCACUCCACCUUUGCCCCUUCCUCAGACACAGUUUCUCUUUGAUUAGUGCAAAGAUGAGAGAUGCUCUGGACUCUUUAUACUGUGGUUCAGAAAUAACCAUGUGAGCUGUACACAGCAAGGCAAAACUAACCCAACUUUCCUCCCUUUGACUGUAAAAUCCUCAGUCCCAGAGCUCUCUGUUCCUAUGAAGGAAGGGGAUGGCUGCCAAAGUAUUACUGUAAUGGCCAGUAAAGCUGCACUCUCAGAUCUCUGUUCCCAACUUCUAACCCUGUGAAUUUAUUGUUUUCAUCCUUACCUAGUGGCCAAUCCGACGGCGUUGGUAGCCUUUGACAAAAUAGCUGAAGCCUCUUUCUGAAAUGCUUUCUGUGAUGAUGCAUUGCUCUGAGGAAAAGGCAGCCUCUGAUUGGAGCUGUUUGGGAAGAUGGGAUACUGGUGGAGUGGUGGAUCUUACCAGCCCCACUCCUCAUCUGUGGAAAAGUUUUGGGUCCAGUCUGAAAGCUGCUGCCUGCUGGGUAGUCCAGACUGCCAGAGCAUGGAAGCCAUGAGCUGCCUUCCCAUCCGUUGCUACUGAAUUGCCAGAGGAUCUGGUUUUUUAGGCUUGGAAUGUCUGACUGACAGAUGAGUUUGUUCAAGCAGGACAAGUUUUGCUCAAGAGGAGGGCUGCCAUCCAGAGGGCUCUGACAGCUGCACUGGCCUUCACGCCAACUGUCUUUGGGUGGGGAAGGAAGGAGGCAUAUGAGUGGAAAUGGGAAAAGUCUGUCUUUCUCCCCAUCUUUUUCCUGAAGGAGGACAGUGGCAUUUUUAUAUCUCUUGGCAUUGCUCUGGCCUUUUGCCUGUUUUUAAGCUGGCGGGAAGAGCUGGAAUUUUCCAGUGCCCUCCUUUCUUUUUGCCUCCCGGUCACCGUAAAGCCACCACAGCACAGGGGCUUCAGGCCAGGCUCAGGUGGCAGCUCUGCAUUUCACAGCUCCCACCUUCUUCCCUGGCAGGCUCCCUCCCCAGGUAGUGCUUCCCAGCUGCUCACUGGUGCUGGGUGGGAGUGCCAGGGAGAGCAUCCUCUGGGCUUCCUCCUUGUCUCCAGCCUGGCAUCCCUCCCCCCCUCCCUGAGGCCUAGUAUAUAUCUAUCCUUAAACACUAUGCAACUUUGUAUGUUUGCGUAGCGGGGAAGAAAUUAUUAUCUGACACACACUGGUGCUAUUAAUUAUUUCAAAUUUAUAUUUUUUGUGUGAAUGUGAUUUUUUUUUUCCGUUUUUUUUUUUAAAUCAUGAUUAUAGUGUGAGGAAGUCUCUCGUGUGUGCGUAUGUGUGUGUAAAUAUACUCAGCCAUGUUUCCAGAAUGGCACAGCCUGGCCUCCUCCAUGUGCUCUCCCCUGUAGCCAAUCAGGGUGCAUGCAUUGUGUAUCGCUUCUCUCUGUAUCAUUCCCUUGAAACUUGGGAUUUCUCCCAGCUGGGCUCCUGCUUUCUUCCUUCUCCUGUAUCCUCAGCGCCCUUCAAUAACCACUUUGCUUGUCGGGUGGAUGUCUUCCAGCCCUCCCGGCCAAGCCAGCCCUGCCCCACGGUGCUCACAGCACCCCGUUCCGUGUGCCUUGUCCCUUGGGAUGCUGCACCAGGACAGGGGCAGGAGCUGUGGCUUUGCAGCUGGGCUGUGAGGAGCUGUAGCACGGCUGGGACACUGGACCCAGCGCUGAGUGGUCGGAGAGCUGGACUCGGGGACAUCCUGAUACCACUGUGUGAGGCAGGAGGCUCGGUGCGCCCUUGGGGACGGCACUGCUGGGCGGGGGGUGAUCCCAGCAAAUCCCGCUCUUGUACCCCUUCCAUUAGAGAUUCUGGCAUUUACCAGCUUGGGAUUUCCCUCCUGCCUGCAAACACACCUGGAGGAGAGCUUGCUGGCUCGCUGGCUGCUCUGGUCAGAUGGCUGUAACCGCGUCACCUCUGCCAAGGCUGUGAGAAGAGCAGAUGCGAAGAUGCGCGCAUGCCCUGGCUGACCUCAGGCCUAAGGCUUUCUUCUCUUGGUUUUUUUUUCUUGUUUUUUUUUUUCCUUAAGCUGUUUUUAACAGAAUUUUAUUUUUAAAUAAAAGAAAAAAUCUUUAUAAGCGAUCUCUUAAUCACUACUGCAUUACAGCCAUUAAUCAUUGUAUAAGUCCAGUUAUUUCUUUACGUAAUGUGAUGACGCGACAGCUGCUGGUGGAGUGCUGGAUGUCAGUCCCUUCAUCACCUUGUUCCUGACCGUGGCCCCCUCAGUACGUGCCUUCACUCCAGCUUUUUUUGCCUUAAUCUGUGGUCUUGCUGUCUGGGGCGGUGAACAAAAUGCAACACUUGCAGUUUUUAUGUAUAAAACAGUAUUUCUUAUUUAUAAUAAAGUCUGAAUAUUUGUAACCCCUUA